AUGGCCUCAUUCUUCGACGUAAAUGAUGUGCUAUUUGAUCCGGCCUAUCCAAAUGCGGAAGCGUACGCGAAAGAUUAUGAUUACGACUUGCUCGGAAGACCAACCUCCUGGAGUCGACGCGUGUUUGACAACCAUUUGCAUGUCCUGCGCACAUUUUUAGAACGCAAUCGUCUACUACUUAUGGGGUGUACACUUGGUCUCCUCCUUUUGAUACUGUUACUGAUGAUGUUGAUGGAAAAGUGCGCCAUUAUUCUACGCUAUUUCGUAAACAUGUGCUAUGAGCGAAGACAACUGAAUAAGGAAAAAAGGAUAUGGGAGGAACGUAAGAAAUAUAUGCAACCCGAAGAUCCAGACCGAUACGCAGCCGUGUAUUGUCGUUCGGCAGCCAAUCAACUUCAAGUGGCAAGCGUCUUCAAACCUGUGCCAAUCGACCUACCCGACUAUGAGGCCAUACGAUUUGUAUUUCCGCAGCCAUGGCUAAUGGACAAAACUUACAAAGCUCUAAUGAUACAGAAAUACGAGCCAAUUCAGGAAGAUUUAAUCGAGGGCGAAUUGGAAGAUGCCAUCAAGCAGGCACUCGCAGAGAGGCGCCUAUUAACACGUCAACCAUUGUCACUUCCAGCUAGGCUAAUGGCCAAACAAAUGCUUGCCAAAGGUGAGGCCAAGCUUCCUUCAGGACCUAUCAUCACACCGGAAAUGAAGUUAAUACAUGGUUGGGAGGAGUUAUACCGGCGUCACAAAAAGGAGGCUGUAAUGGAAAAUUAUCGCUGGUGGAUGGCGCAAGAUAAGACCCUACCCGUGGAAGCCCGAGAAGUGACGGAGAAACUGCAGCCAGUGUUAGCUCACGUCCGCAAACCGCCACGAAAGCCUAACCAACCGGAUCCUGAAAAAGUGCAAAGCUUGGAACGACUGCCUCACACUGAGUCCCCUCUGGAUGAAAAAAACCGUCGUAGAAGCUCUAAGGACUCGGGAACAAAAGUACGACAUAGCAGAAAAAGAUUCAUCGCAAACGCACAAAUUAUCACCCAGCAAGACGAUGUAGAUGAGUCAGCUUUUGUGCAAGAGCUUGAGGGGGUGGAAUUGGCUCAAGUGGCCAGAAUCAGACGUGCAGGCCACCGAAGAUCAGCCACUCGCAGAGAAAAAAUGAAAGAGGGUGUGAACCGGUACACAAAGAAAGAUGCCGCUAGACAUGAAUGA